CAGCCCGUGAUCGUUACCAUCGAGGAUGCAAUUGCUCGGGAAUCGUUUUAUCCUGGCUUUCCGCGAACGAUCGCAAGAGGAGAAGACAUUGAGCAAGCACUGGCGAAAGCUGACAUCGUCGUCGAAGGUGACUGCCGGAUGGGUGGCCAGGAGCACUUUUAUCUGGAAACGCAGGCCUGCCUUGCCAUUCCAAAGGAUACGGAUGAGUUGGAAGUGAUCAGUAGCACACAGCAUCCCACGGAGAUUCAGAUGCAUGUGGCGCAUGCCCUCGGCAUCCCAGCCUCGAAGGUAGUGUCGCGCGUGAAACGGCUUGGCGGUGGGUUCGGUGGUAAAGAAUCACGUGCAGCGAUCGUGGCCAUACCGGUCGCACUGGCAGCGUAUCGUCUCGGAAGGCCAGUUCGUUGUAUGCUCGAUCGAGACGAAGAUAUGGCCAUCUCCGGGACGCGCCAUCCGUUCUACUUCCACUACAAGGUAGGAGUCGGAAAAGAUGGUAAACUGGUGGCGGGAGAUUUCCGGUCCUACAACAAUGGCGGUCACUCGAUGGAUCUUUCGUUUGCGGUGCUCGAACGAUCACUGUUCCACAUUUCAAACGCUUACCGCAUACCGAACGUUCGGGUGCGUGGUUGGGUGUGCAAAACGAACCUUCCGUCAAACACCGCUUUCCGUGGAUUCGGAGGACCCCAGGGAAUGAUGGCCGCUGAAACGAUGAUGCGCCAUGUCGCGCGCACCCUUGGGCGUGAUUAUGUGGAACUGGUGGAGCUGAAUCUGUACCGGGAGGGAGAUGUGACGCAUUACAACCAAAUAGUGGAGGGCUGCAAUGUGGGCAAGUGUUGGGAUGAGGUACUUCAUACGGCCAAAUUCCAGGAACGGCGGACCCAGGUUGACCAGUUCAACAAGGAGCAUCGCUGGCGUAAACGGGGAAUUCACGCUGUACCGACAAUGUUCGGUAUUGCCUUCACCGUUUUGCAUCUCAACCAGAGUGGUGCCCUGCUGCACGUGUACCAGGACGGUACCGUUCUUCUGACCCACGGUGGCACCGAAAUGGGACAAGGCCUACAUACUAAAAUGAUCCAGGUUGCAGCCACUGCUCUUGGCAUACCUUUCGAUCGCAUUCACGUCUCGGAAACGGCAACGGAUAAAGUGCCAAACACGUCGGCCACGGCGGCUAGUGCCGGUUCCGAUUUGAACGGUACGGCUGUGUUGAAUGCGUGCAAAACGAUCGUCCAGCGUCUGGAACCAUUCCGUAAGCAGUACCCGGACAAAGAUUGGGACUUUUGGGUUAGCAAAGCAUACUUUGGUCGCGUUUCACUGUCCGCUACCGGGUUUUACGCUACGCCUGAGCUGGGAUACGAUUUUGGCACCAACUCGGGCAAAGCCUUCAACUACUUUACAUACGGAGCGGCCUGUUCCGAGGUGGAAAUCGAUUGCCUCACCGGUGACCAUCAAGUGCUGCGAACGGAUAUCGUGAUGGAUUUGGGAUCCAGCCUUAACCCAGCCAUUGACAUUGGACAGAUUGAAGGCGGUUUUAUGCAAGGAUACGGGCUGUUCGCUUUGGAGGAGAUGAUUUACUCGCCCCAGGGGCAAGUGUACUCCCGUGGACCGGGCAUGUACAAGUUACCCGGGUUUGCCGAUAUUCCUGGAGAGUUUAAUGUUUCUCUGUUAACGGGAGCACCGAAUCCGCGGGCAGUCUACUCCUCGAAGGCAGUCGGCGAGCCACCGCUCUUCUUGGCAUCCUCUAUCUUCUUCGCCAUUCGGGAUGCGAUAGCGGCUGCCAGGAAAGAGGAGAACCUCAGCGAAGAAUUUGCACUCACAAGUCCUGCUACUUCCGCUCGCAUUCGUAUGACUUGCCAGGAUAAGAUCACCGAAUACUUCCGCAAACAGGACAAUGAAACCAAGCACGUCAUCCCGUGGAACGUAAUGCCUUGAUUUGGCGUCAGUGGCAGAGGGGUAUGAUCGAAUGGUCCACAUUGUUUUUAUUGUAAAUUUGGAGUCCGUAAAGGGUUCAUGCUUUGAGCACAUUUGAAUUUUUCAAUUAUUUGUUAAUUUUUGCUUCGUUUCAUCCAAAGUCGGAUUUUAGCCAGGCGAGAUUUUGUUUUCGGUACUAAUUUUGUUUUUUUUUUAGAAAUAGAAAUUAACGAAUCCCAUGUUAUACAAUUAAUAUUGUAAUAAAAAAUCAAUAUAAAGCAUA